UCUUCUGAAUUCUGUACUUGGAGGUCUCUGGUGAUCGGUUAUGAUUCAGAGCUGAAGAUGUUUAUGCCCAGAUCGUUAAAGGUUAAGAGAGCUCCUGAGACUGAAAGGACUACAGAUGUGAAGAAAAUUAAAGCAAACUUGGAGGAUAAUCACAUAGUCAGUGCUUCAGAUCACACACAAACUGCACUGGAAACAGAAAACCCUGAAGAAUCAUGCUCAGAUUCAACCUCAACAGUGAUCCAAAGCGAUCAAAGUGAUUCACUGGAGCAAACACAGACAGAUCAUGAUGAUUCUGAAGAAGAACCUGUUAAAUCCUUUAGGAAAAGCCAGAGAUGGCCAGAACCAGGAGAACCUGUAUGUGUGAUGUGUGGUCGUUAUGGAGAAUACAUUUGUGACAGCACAGACAACGACGUGUGCAGUCUGGAGUGUAAAACUAACCACCUGGCCAGUAUGUGCAAAGGCCUUCAAGAAAAGCUCUUCUCUAAAAUAAAGCAACCUGGUUCAGACCACUCUCCUGCACCAACAGACACUAACAACCCUCCUGAUCUUAGUUACACCUACCAAGAAGAUGCCUUUAUAUCAGAUCUAACAGAAGAUCAGAUCGUGAGGUUAAAGAAGGAGCUGGCCAUAGUUACGGAAGGACAGGAUGUCAGCAGACCCAUCGUCGAAUUUGAGCAUUGCCACUUUCCUGAAACUCUCAGGGUAAACCUGAAGAAGGCCGGAUACGAGGCCCCUACUCCCGUUCAGAUGCAGAUGAUUCCUGUAGGGUUGACAGGGAGAGAUGUUAUUGCCACAGCUGAUACAGGAUCUGGAAAGACCAUUUCCUUUCUGGUUCCAGUGGUGGUUCAGUGCAUGGAGACCAAAGCAGGUACUUCACCAAACCCUAUGAGUCUGAUUCUGACUCCAACCAGGGAACUGGCUAUCCAGAUUGAGAAGCAGGUAAAGGAGCUGAUUACGGGCCUGCCCAACAUGAGGACUGCUUUACUGGUGGGAGGGAUGCCCUUACCCCCUCAGCUCCAUCGGCUCAAGCAGAAGAUCAAGAUCGUGAUUGCAACUCCAGGUCGUCUCAUAGAGAUAGUGAAGCAGAAGGCUGUCCAGUUGGAGAAUGUACGAGUUGUAGUUGUCGAUGAGGCGGACACCAUGCUGAAGAUGGGCUUCCAGCAACAGGUGCUUGAGAUUUUGGAGCACAUACCUGAUGACCAUCAGACCUUGCUUACCUCCGCUACCAUGCCUCCAGGAAUCGAACUGCUAGCAUCUCGUCUGACCCACGAUCCUGUGCGCAUCACUAUUGGCCAGAAAAACCAGCCAUGUACCAAUGUUCGGCAGAUCGUUCUGUGGGUGGAGGAGCCCUCAAAGAAAAAGAAGCUCUUCGAGAUACUGAAUGACAGAAAGCUCUACCAGCCCCCUGUGGUCGUGUUUGUGGACUGUAAGCUUGGAGCUGAUUUGUUAUGUGAGGCUGUAAAGAAGGUUCUGGGUUUAAAUUCGGUUGCGAUUCACUCUGACAAGACACAGCUGGAACGCAACAGAAUACUGAAGGGUCUGCUUGAGGGAGAGUAUGAAGUGGUGGUUAGUACUGGCGUGUUGGGCAGAGGACUGGAUCUGGUCAAUGUCAAGCUGGUGGUGAAUUUUGACAUGCCCACUAACAUGGAUGAGUAUGUGCAUCAGAUUGGCAGAGCAGGAAGACUGGGGCAUCGAGGAACGUCUAUCACCUUCAUGAAUAACAACAACAAGCGCUUGUUUCUGGACAUUGUGCAGCGAGUAAAACCCACCGGCUCCCUGCUCCCACCGCAGCUUCUCAACUCCCCACAUCUACACGAACAACAACGGAGAGCCAAACAAAAGAGUAAACAAGGGGAGGAGGAUAUGGUGACAAAAAAUAACCUCAUCGACAUUAUACGAAGACAUGACAGGAGCAUUUUUAAGAAGUGACUGAUUUGUUUUGUACAGUUUUGUAUAUGUGCACGUUUUGCUUUAUUUUAAAUAAAAAUUCAUUGUUGUCA